UGCCGCUCAUUUUGACAUUUCACCGCGUUUUGGCGCGAACGACGCUCGCCACAGAUUAUUAUUGUUGUUUUGAAAUCGAUUACGCGACGUCAAACUUAUAAUUUGAAUUAUAGUGAAAAUGUAAAUAUAUUAAAUAAUUCUAUGUGCAUUUGAAGUGUGAAAUUACGUUAAAGUGCUUUACUGUGACUACAAGCAAUAUUAUUUAUCAGCAAGUUAUUAAUCAGAUGGCUCCAAGAUGUUCCGCAAGGUGAGACGGAAGAUGUGCUUCUCCUUCACACUCCUUUUAUUUAUAAGUCUGUCGAACGCUCUACCCAAAGCGUUGGAUUUCCCAGAAAAUAUCAAUUCUAAUAACGAUAUUGAUAAUGAUAUCAUCGACUUCGACGAUGAGUACUCAUUGAAAUACAAUAAAAAAUACGAUAGUGCAUCAUGGAAUACAAAUGAUUAUAACAAAGAUUCAUACAGAUAUACCAUUGAUAAAUAUUCCAAAGAUGACCAAGAUAAAAAGAAACUAAACAAUAAAAACAAUGACACAGACAGCGUUUCUGUUACAACAGAAUCGGAAGACUUAAGUGUUAUUCCAAUAGAAUUAAUAACAACCACAGAAAAUGAAAGCUACGUUGAAACAACGACACAAUAUGAUUUAACUGUAAUUCCUUUAUCUUCUACUGAUAAAGCUACACCUCUAGUCCUAAAUGAUACAUUAAUUUUCCCAAUGUCUACUGAGAAAUCAGAAGAUUAUAACAAUACAACUGAAUUUUUUGAACUUACAACAAAAUCAAUUAACAGCGAACCUACAACAACUAGUGUUAGUAAUUCAUCUACUCCAAUAAUAACAGAAUCUAAACUGGAUAAUACGACAGUUUCAUUUACUUCAGAAUCAAGUACAAUUAUAUCACAAAAUGAAACUGAUUCAAAUAAAACUGCUAGUACCACUACAGAAAUUGUUGAUAGAGAUAUAGAAAGUGGAGAGUUAUUCGAAGAUGUGCCCGUAUUUACAGAAUUAGACACAGAAGAGCAAGACGUUCCAGAAGAUUAUUAUGAUUCAAAAGAUAUUGUGCCAACACCAGCACCGAAGACAGAUGCUUUGUCGGUGAUCUUUGGUUUUGCUGGAAGCGUCGUGGAAGGUGUGGUCGAGAGUGUAGCUGAACGACUGUUUCCUAAAACAAUUUAUGAUUUAUUUAAGCGGAUGCAGAAACAAAACGAAGCGUUAGAAGCGGAGAAGUUGAGGAGUAGAGAGGAGAAUGGUGGAAUAGGUCAUUUCACGAGAGGUGUCAUCAAAUCAAUAUCAACUGGUCUCAGUAAGCCCUUUAGCCAGCUAAUGGCCGGAGCUCGCGACAUCGGAUCCCUUGACAGUGACAGAGGCUUCGUCAGCAGUUUAGCGUCGGGAGUGACAAGUGUUGCCAAUGUUGCUAAUUCUAUGGUGGAUAUGUUUAAGGAUCGCGUACAGGCGAUAUAUCCAGGUACCGUGUGGUGCGGGGACGGGCGCUCGGCGCAGGCGCGCUCCGGCGACCUGGGGCUGUUCUUCUUCACGGAUACCUGCUGCAGGCAGCACGACGCCUGCAAGCUGUACAUUGGGGCUGGCGAGACCAGGUUCGGCCUCACCAACACUGGAUUGUUUACCAGGUCGCACUGCAGCUGCGACGCCAAGUUCCGGCUGUGCCUGAAGCAGACGAACUCGCUGGUGUCCGCGCAGAUCGGGCUCACCUACUUCAACGUGCUCGGGCCGCAGUGCUUCCGCAGAGCGCACCCCAUCGUCAAGUGCGUGAGGCGGACGAGGAUAACAGGUCAGAAGUGCGAGGAGUACGAAUUGGACUACACCAAGCCGAAAAUGUGGCAGUGGUUCGACAAUGACACUUUCUAACCUCCAAGUGAAGAAUAAAGUGAUGUACCAU